AAGUUGUAUAGCCGCUGACGUUGUACAAUUCAUAGAGCUUAUAGCUAGACUCUGCAAAAGCAAAAACACUCUCCAUUUGCCUGGGUUUACAUAAAGCAGGCCAGAAAGAAGAUUUCCGUUGGUUUCCAUGGCCGCCCAAACGGCCCCCUCUCCAUAUACUUCUCCCUCUUCUUCCUUGAACGGGCGUACAUGGAAAUACGACGUGUUCCUCAGUUUCAGAGGCGAAGAUACGCGGAAUACUUUCACAGACCAUCUAUAUCAUGCUCUCCUUCAGAGAAGAGUGAUCGUAUAUAGAGAUAAUGAACUUAAGCGGGGAGACAACAUUUCCCAAGUAGUCUACAAGGCACUUGAACAAUCACGAAUUUCGAUCGUCAUUCUUUCAAGUAAUUAUGCCAAUUCAAAGUGGUGCUUGGAUGAGCUAUCGAAGAUUGUCGAGUGCAUGAAUGGGAUGAGACAGAGAGUUCUCCCAGUUUUCUAUGAUGUGGAGCCAUCUGAGGUACGAAAACAGACGGGGACUUUCGGGAACGCAUUUGCUGAGCACGAACAAGUUUUCAGAGACAAUAGAGAGAAGGUGCUUCGUUGGAGGGAUGCUCUUUAUCAAGUAGCCAACCUCUCCGGAUUUGUGAUAAGAAAUCGGUAUGAAUCCGAAGUUAUCAGUCAAAUUCUUAAAAUGGUACUGAAUGCAUUGCCACAGGUGUUUUCUCAUGGCUUCCUAGUGGGAAUUGAUUCAAGAGUAGAUGAAAUACAUGUGCUCUUGGAUUUAGAAUCAAAUGAUGUUCGCUUCAUAGGGAUAUGGGGGAUGGGUGGUAUAGGAAAGACAACUAUCGCUGAAGUAAUUUUUCAAAAAAUUUCGGCUGAAUUUGAAAUUUUCACCUAUGUCCCCAAUAUUAGGGAGGCAACUAACGAACAGGGUGGUCUACUUCAACUGCAAAAGAAUCUUCUUUCUGAGGCUUUAAUGCAAAUUAACCUAGAUGUUCUAAGUGUUGCUGAGGGAGCCAGAAUGAUAAGGAACAGUCUAUCUAAUAGAAAGGUUCUUCUCUUUUUGGACGAUGUGGAUCAUUUAGAUCAACUAGAAUCAUUGGCUGGAAACCAAAAUUGGUUUGGUUUGGGGAGCAGAGUCAUCAUUACGACUAGAAAUGAGAAAUUGCUAAGAGACCAUGGUGUAGAUAACAUAUUUGAAGUUGGGGAAUUAAAGGACAAUGAAUCUCUUCAGCUUUUCAGUUAUGGCGCCUUCAAAAGUCAUAAACCUCCAGAAGAUUAUCUGGAUUUGUCUAAACUGGUUGUUAACUAUGCUAGAGGCAUUCCCUUGGCACUUGUGGUUUUGGGUUCCUUUCUGAUGGGCAGAAAUGUGACUGAGUGGAUAAGUGUAUUGCAAAGACUAAAGGAACUUCCUCAUAGAGAAGUUUUUGAUGUACUCAAAAUAAGUUAUGACGGAUUACAGAACAACGAGAAAAGAAUUUUUCUAGAUAUUGCUUGUUUCCUUAAAGGAAUGGACAAAGAGCGAGUGGAAGAAAUACUAGAUUAUUUUGGUUUUAAUCCGAAGGUUGGAAUACAAGUUCUCAUUGAGAAAUCUCUCAUAACUAUUUUAAAUAACAAAGUGUUGAUGAAUGGAUUCAUACAAGAAAUGGGACAACAACUUGUACGCAGAGAGUAUGUUGACGAGCCUGGAAAGCGAAGCAGGUUGUGGCUUUUUGAUGACAUCAUUUAUGUACUGAACAAUAAUAAGGGAACAAAUGCAGUUGAAGGUAUAGCCUUAGACUUGCCUAAACUAAAAGUGGCAUGCUGGAACUCGGAGUCCUUCUCAAACAUGCAAAAUCUUAGAUUUCUCAAAAUUCAUAAUCUGCAGAUGACCCAAGGCCCGGAAUAUCUUUCUAAUGCCUUGAAAUUUCUUGAAUGGAGCGGAUAUCCUUCAAAAUUUCUCCCACAAGGAUUUCAACCUGAGGAACUUUGUGAGCUUAACUUGUGCCAUAGCAGCAUUGGACAGCUUUGGAGGGGAACAAAGUGCUUAGGCAAUUUGAAAUCCAUCAACGUUAGCUACUCCCAGAAUCUGACCAGGACCCCAGAUUUUACAGUUACUCCAAAUCUUCGUAGAUUAAUUCUUGAAGGUUGUACAAAUUUGGUGGAAAUCCACCAAUCCAUUGGUGAGCUCAAAAGGCUUAUAUUCUUGAAUCUUAAAGAUUGCAGAAGGCUUGGACAUCUUCCGGAUGAUUUGCAAACAGAAAGUCUUAAAGUCCUUAUUCUUUCUGGGUGUCCAAAUAUUAAGAAAAUCCCAGUAUUUUGGAGACCUAUGGAACACUUGUCGGAACUUUUUUUUGAUAAGACUGCUAUAGAAGAAUUACCUACUUCAGUUGAAUGUCUGACUGGCCUUACUUUAUUAAAUCUAAGAGAUUGUAGACAUCUCAAUGGUCUUACAAGCAAUAUUUGCAAGUUGAGGUCCCUCAAAAGUCUUAAUCUCAGUGGAUGCUCAAAACUUGGAAAGCUGCCAGAGAACUUGGGUAAGAUAGAUUGUUUGGAGGAGCUUGAUGCUUGUGGUACGGCCAUAAGUGCUCUACCAUCCUCCAUUUCCCGUCUGGAAAAUCUUAAAGGGUUAUCACUUUGUGGAUGUAAAUGGAUGCCAAGAAAGAGGACGAGGUCAUUGGGUUUGCUGUUGCCAAACACUGAUUCUGGUUUGCGUUGUUUAACACUACUGAAUCUCAGUGACUGUAAUCUUCAGGAGGUAACAAUCCUGGAAAAUCUUGGCUGCUUAUCCUCAUUAGUAUCACUAAAUCUCAGUAAAAACAAUUUUGUUACUCUUCCCAAAAGCAUCAGACAGCUGUCCAAGCUUCAAAAUUUGAAUUUGGGUAGUUGUAAGAGUCUUCAAAAAUUGCCGGACCUUUCAGAAAAACUGAACUUCAGUGUUGGGGCAGAAGGCAGUUAUUCACAGGAAAGGCUGUCAUCAUGUUUCAGUUUUAUUAAUUGCUCCAAAGUGGUUGACAAUCAAGGCUGCAAAAAUAUGGCAUUUGCAAUGUUAAGGAGAUCCAUAGAGGGAAUCCCUUAUGCAGGGAACAGAUUUGAAGCUAUAUUUCCUGGCAGUAAAAUUUCUGAGUGGUUCAGUUAUCACAAUGAGGGACCUGUAGUAAGCAUGGACCUCCCCCGCCACUGGUAUAAGAACAAGUGGAUGGGAUAUGCUUUGUGUGCUGUUUUUGUUCUUCGUCGACGUCACCCACCUAACCUGCUUGGUAAAUGGAAGUAUGGGACCCAUAGCACCGCACAUGGUCUUCGUUGUGAAGUGAAGCCUGGGAAUUUGGGCAUAGGUGGCCGCUGUCCUUUCUUUGGCUGCAGCGAAGAGUUAGGCCAAAUUGAGUCGGAACACAUUUGGCUGUCCUUUGUAUCCGGUGAAUAUUUUGGUACAUCAUGGCAAGACAGCUGUCGUCACCUUGAGUUUUCAUUUAAAUCCUUAGGCCCUGGCUUGGAGUUGAAGAGGUGUGGAGUCCGUUUCCUAUAUGAGAAAGAUUUGGUUGGAAUCAAACAGUGAUUCUAAUAAAAUCUUGCUUGACAAAUCAGAAGCUGUAAAAGGUGCCAUUGUCAAGUACUCCGUUUAUCUGUGGGAAACAAGUUUAUUGCAUGACUUGAAUGAGUAUGGUGCAGCCUAAAAUUACUUCCAUCAGAGGAACUUCUUUUCCAGAUGAGGUCUUAUCCGGUAAAUGAACCAUGCAAAUGUAGCAUGUUUGUAAGUUGUCUGUAACAGUAUAGGCAUGAUCACUAUAUUUCCCAUCUCCUCUGAACCGUUGUCUCGAUCUUACUGGACUUCUUAUGCAGUUAAAUUUUAGUUA